GCUGGUUUUCGGUAGGCUUUAUUACUCAAAAACUCCAGUCGAUCCCCUGAAGCCCCAAACAAUUCGAAUUCCCACAUUUCGACCUUUUUCAGCGCGUUGCUUGCAUUUGUUCAACCCACGAAAUUUCCACGACGCGUUGAUCAAAUUCUGGAAUGGGAAACCCCGGCACCUUACAUCCAUCCAUGUUUAAUUAGACCCCGUCUCAAAUUUUCAUCCAGAGUAGAUUCUGUUGCAGAAGAAAUAUGGCUAGGGUAUACGAUAAUUGGGAGAGGCUGGUGCGGUCGGCGCUUCGGAGUGAACAGCGGGCGGGUCACGAGCGGACCCCUAGCGGGAUUGCCGGUUCCGUUCCUGAUUCGCUUCAGCGGACGACAAACAUCAAUGCAAUUUUGCAAGCUGCCGAUGAGAUUCAAUCGGAGGACCCUAAUGUUGCGCGGAUACUAUGUGAGCAGGCGUAUAGUAUGGCUCAAAAUUUGGACCCGAACAGCGAUGGUAGAGGUGUUCUUCAGUUUAAGACUGGUUUAAUGUCUGUAAUCAAGCAAAAACUUGCCAAAAAGGAUGGUGGGCAAAUAGAUCGAAACCGUGAUAUUGAGCGCUUGUGGGAAUUUUAUAAUCAGUAUAAAAAUCGCCACAAAUUGGAUGACAUCCAGAGAGAGGAACAGAAAUGGCGUGAAACUGGGACUUUUAGUGCUAAUCUUGGAGACUUGCAAUAUAGAUUCUCAGAAAUGAAGAGGGUGUUUGCCACGUUGAGGGCUUUGAUUGAGGUAAUGGAGGCACUUAGUAAAGAUGCAGCCCAAGAUGGGGUGGGAAGGCUCAUUAAAGAAGAGUUAAGAAGGAUUAAAAAGUCCAAUGCAACUAUGUCGGGUGAGCUCGUACCUUACAACAUUGUCCCUCUGGAAGCACCAUCGUUAACCAAUGCAAUUGGAUACUUUCCAGAAGUUAGGGGUGCAAUAUCUGCAAUAAGAUAUACUGAGCAGUUUCCCCGGCUUCCAGCUGAUUUUGAAAUUUCGGGACAGCGAAGCUUGGACAUGUUUGACCUUUUGGAAUAUGUGUUUGGUUUUCAGAAGUUAUCUUCUUUGUCAGCUUUAUGCCACUUUAGAUCUAUUUCCUGUUUUAUGGACAAAAGAGAAGUUUUUGAGUGGAAGUUGGCUAGUUCUUUAAGUGUUUGCAAUAUUGUCCAGAAAGACAAUAUAAGGAACCAACGUGAGCAUGUUGUUCUCACCCUAGCCAAUGCACAGUCACGACUUGGCAUCCCAGUUGAGGCUGACCCAAAACUAGAUGAAAGAGCUGUGAGAGAGGUCUUCUUGAAGGUCCUGGAUAACUACAUCAAGUGGUGUAGAUAUCUGCGUAUACGCGUUGUUUGGAAUAGUUUGGAGGCCAUAAACAAGGAGAGAAAGCUUUUCCUAGUUUCAUUGUACUUCUGCAUAUGGGGUGAAGCUGCGAAUGUUCGCUUUCUUCCUGAAUGCAUCUGCUAUAUAUUCCAUCAUAUGGCUAGGGAGUUAGAUGGAAUCCUGGAUCAUGGGGUGGCGACUCCUGUUGCAAAUUAUAUAAAUGAAAAUGGUUCUGUGUCCUUUCUUGAGCAAAUCAUAUCUCCCAUAUAUGAGACGUUGGCAGCAGAAGCAAUCAGAAACAAUAGUGGGAAAGCUGCGCACUCAGAAUGGAGAAAUUAUGAUGACUUCAAUGAAUAUUUCUGGUCACCUGCUUGCUUUGAGUUGAGUUGGCCUAUGAAGAAGGAUUCACCAUUUUUGUUGAAACCGAAGCCUAAAAGAGGAAAACGGACGGCUAAAAGCUCAUUUGUGGAGCAUCGAACGUUCCUUCACCUGUAUCGAAGUUUUCAUCGUUUGUGGAUCUUUUUGAUUGUAAUGUUUCAGGCUCUUGCUAUUAUUGCUUUCCAUGAUGGGAACCUUAACCUUAAUACCUUCAAAACACUGCUUAGCAUCGGCCCAACAUUUGCUGUCAUGAAUUUUCUGGAAAGUUGUUUAGAUGUGGUACUCAUGUUUGGGGCUUAUACUACCGCUCGAGGGAUGGCUAUAUCAAGGCUUGUUAUUAGGUUCUUUUGGUGCGCGUUGAGCUCUGUGUUCGUGCUCUAUGUCUACUUGAAACUUGAGGAGGAAAGGAAUAGGAGUAUCUCAGAUUCAUUCUAUUUCCGGAUUUAUGUCCUCGUAUUGGGCGUAUAUGCUGGUGUGCGUGUGCUUUUUGCUCUGCUGCUCAAAUUCCCUUCGUGUCACAGGCUGUCGGAAAUGUCUGAUCAGUCGUUUUUCCAGUUUUUCAAAUGGAUUUAUGAGGAACGCUAUUUUGUUGGCCGUGGACUUGUUGAAAAAACUACCGAUUAUAUGAGCUACGUGUUUUUCUGGCUGCUACGUGUUUUUCUGGCUGGUGAUCUUUGCUUGCAAAUUCCCCUUUGCAUACUUUCUACAGGCAAGCCGUUCUACAAAUCUCGUUGGAAUUUAGAUAAUAAUAAUGCACUGACAGUAGCUAGUUUGUGGGCACCUGUUGUUGCUAUUCGAUCAAUUGAAAUGGUUCAUAAGCGGUUUGAAAGUUUUCCGGAGGCCUUUGUAAAAAAUCUUGUGUCUCCGCAGAUCAAAAGGAUGCCAUUUGACAGACAAUUAUCACAGUAUACCAGUAGUCCGAUUUUCGCAUGUGAGGGAUCAGCUCUUCCCAUGAUAAUAACAAGACCUACGCAGCCAUAUUUUCCCCAUUUUGGAAUGAAAUUAUCAAAAGUUUGCGGGAAGAAGAUUAUAUCAGUAACAGGCAAGGAGAUGGACUUACUCUCAAUGCCGAGCAACACUGGAAGUUUAAAAUUGGUUCAGUGGCCACUUUUUCUUCUAAGCAGUAAGAUCUUAUUAGCAGUUGAUUUAGCACUGGACUGCAAAGACACACAAUCUGAUCUUUGGAGUAGAAUAUGCAAGGAUGAGUACAUGGCAUAUGCUGUUCAGGAGUGUUAUUCAAGUAUUGAAAAGAUUUUGCAUUCCCUCGUUGAUGGAGAAGGAAGACUUUGGGUUGAAAGGAUAUUUCGUGAGAUCAACAGCAGUAUAUCAGAAGGAUCACUUGUUAUUACUUUGUCUCUGAAAAAGCUUCCAGUGGUUCUCUCCAGAUUUACUGCCUUGACUGGGCUGCUGAUCCGCGACCCUACUCCUGAACUUGCAAAAGGUGCAGCUAAAGCUGUAUAUGAUUUUUAUGAUGUUGUUACACAUGAGCUGCUCUCACGUGAUUUGAGUGUCUUCACGCCGUACUACAGUGAAACAGUGCUUUAUAGCAACUCUGAACUGCGGGUUGAAAAUGAAGAUGGAAUCUCAACUCUUUUCUAUCUCCAGAAAAUAUUUCCAGAUGAAUGGGAGAACUUUUUGGAACGUAUUGGUGAAGGGGAUAGUGGUGAUGCUGAACUUCAAGAAAGUUCAACUAGUGCUUUGGAACUUCGCUUUUGGGCAUCUUACAGAGGGCAGACCUUGGCUAGGACAGUGCGUGGGAUGAUGUAUUAUAGAAAGGCACUGAUGCUUCAGAGUCAUUUAGAAGGAAGAUUUGUAGAAGAGAAUGUCACGCCUACUAGUUUAUCAACUCAAGGUUUUGAGUUGUCACGUGAAGCGCGUGCUCAAGCUGAUAUAAAGUUCACUUAUGUUGUUUCCUGCCAAAUUUAUGGGCAACAAAAGCAGCGGAAAGCUCCAGAGGCAGCUGAUAUUGCUUUGCUUCUGCAGAGAAAUGAGGCACUUCGAGUUGCUUUCAUUCAUGUCGAAGAAAGUGGCGAGGCAGAUGGAAAAGUUACGAAGGAAUUUUACUCAAAACUUGUUAAAGCUGAUGCACAUGGGAAGGAUCAGGAAAUAUUUUCUAUUAAACUUCCUGGAGAUCCCAAGCUUGGGGAAGGGAAACCUGAAAAUCAAAAUCAUGCUAUAAUUUUCACUCGUGGAGAUGCUGUUCAAACAAUUGACAUGAAUCAGCCACCUUGGUGGGCCCGGAGAGAACAUGUUUCUGAAGUUAUGCCUCGUGCAUUAGCUCGAACUUCCCUAAGCCAUAACGUUUUUGGUUUUGGAGCUGUACCUUGUGAAACUGUUGACAGUGCCGGGUUCUUGCAAGCCAAGAUAAGCCAGAUAGAAAGUUUGUCAUCACACCUGGUUUGCCAGGACAACUACCUUGAGGAAGCAAUGAAAAUGCGAAAUCUCCUUGAGGAGUUUAGGGCGAAUCACGGUCUUCGCCCUCCUACAAUUCUUGGUGUAAGAGAACAUGUAUUCACGGGAAGUGUGUCCUCAUUGGCGUGGUUCAUGUCCAACCAGGAGACUAGUUUUGUGACAUUGGGUCAACGAGUUUUGGCAAAACCUCUAAAAGUCCGUAUGCACUAUGGGCAUCCAGAUGUCUUUGAUCGGAUAUUUCAUGUUACUCGAGGUGGCAUUAGCAAAGCGUCCCGCGUUAUUAAUAUCAGUGAAGAUAUUUAUGCUGGGUUCAAUUCCACACUGAGGCAGGGGAACAUCACUCACCAUGAGUAUAUUCAGGUUGGGAAGGGAAGAGAUGUUGGUUUGAACCAAAUUGCUUUGUUUGAAGGAAAAGUUGCUGGAGGGAAUGGAGAGCAAGUAUUGAGCCGGGAUGUAUACAGGAUUGGGCAACUUUUUGACUUCUUCAGAAUGUUAUCCUUCUUUUUCACAACCGUUGGUUACUACGUUUGCACAAUGAUGACUGUUCUUACUGUAUAUGUUUUCCUGUAUGGAAGAGCAUAUCUGGCAUUCUCUGGACUUGAUCAAGGAAUAUCUAGGGAAGCCAGAUUUUUGGGGAAUACUGCAUUAGAUGCUGUUCUGAAUGCUCAGUUCCUAGUCCAGAUUGGUAUCUUCACUGCAGUGCCCAUGAUCAUGGGUUUUAUACUUGAACUUGGCUUAUUGCAGGCUGUUUUCAGUUUUAUCACAAUGCAGCUUCAGCUUUGUUCUGUCUUCUUCACAUUUUCAUUGGGGACAAGAACUCACUAUUUUGGGCGUACUAUUCUCCAUGGAGGUGCUAAGUAUCGAGCAACUGGAAGAGGAUUUGUUGUUCGCCACAUCAAGUUUGCAGAAAAUUACCGUCUUUAUUCCCGGAGUCAUUUUGUGAAGGCGCUGGAAGUAGCAUUGCUUCUUAUUGUUUACAUGGCAUAUGGUUACUCAGAGGGGGGUGCAGUUUCAUUUGUUCUGUUAACUCUAAGCAGUUGGUUUCUUGUUAUCUCAUGGCUUUUUGCUCCUUAUAUAUUCAAUCCAUCUGGAUUUGAAUGGCAGAAAACUGUAGAAGAUUUUGAUGAUUGGACCAAUUGGCUUAUGUAUAAAGGUGGAGUUGGUGUCAAAGGAGAUAACAGUUGGGAAUCUUGGUGGGAUGAAGAACAGAUGCAUAUUCAGACACUGAGAGGACGUAUACUUGAGACAAUUUUGAGCUUGAGAUUCAUAAUGUUUCAGUAUGGCAUUGUCUACAAACUCCAUCUUACUGGGGAUGAUACAUCAAUUGCGGUCUAUGGCUUCUCUUGGGUUGUACUGGUUGGAAUUGUUCUGAUUUUUAAGAUCUUCACGUUUAGCCCCAAGAAGUCGACAAAUUUUCAGCUGAUGCUACGGUUUAUGCAAGGAGUAACAUCGAUAGGACUUAUUGUAGCCCUUUGCCUGGUUGUCCUGUUCACUAGCCUAUCGAUAGCAGAUUUGUUUGCUAGCAUCCUUGCAUUUAUUCCGACAGGAUGGUUCAUUCUUUCUUUGGCAAUUACGUGGAAGAAGGUGGUAAGGAGCUUAGGGGUGUGGGAUUCGGUGAAAGAGUUUGCUCGAAUGUAUGAUGCUGGAAUGGGUAUACUCAUAUUUGCCCCAAUUGCUGUCUUGUCUUGGUUCCCCUUUGUCUCUACUUUCCAGUCCCGACUGCUCUUUAACCAGGCAUUCAGUCGGGGUUUGGAGAUCUCUCUCAUUCUUGCUGGAAACAAAGCCAAUGUUGAAGCAUCCUCUUUCUGAUAUAUAGUGGUAGUAGUGUUGUGGAUUACUUGUGCUUAAUUUCCAUUUUAUCGGAUACUUUUAAAAUAUAAUGUUGUGAAUGAGUUGUUAAUUACAUGAUAAUGAGUUGUUAUUGUAUAUCAGACACCUGAAACUCGUUCAGUUCUUUUUUUAAGUUUUUUUUUUUGUUUUUUUUGUUUUUUUUGUUUUUUUGUUUUUUCGUGUAGAGUUUGGCCUGUUGCUAAUCUUACUCAUCUCAUUUAAUUCA